UCCACCUGUCAUCAAGUUUACACGUGACUCUUAUACAAUCCUUUUGGGACACCAGUUUAAGGUGUACUUAGAGAAGUAAAAACCCCCCUGGUGUAAAGGGUAUAUGGAGUUAGUAUGAAGAAAUGCUGGCUGAAUUAGAACACACCAGUUCAAAUCUAUUUUUAUCCAUGGCUAAGGAUCAUCCCGGUCUGCGUGGUACACCUCUAGCUAUGCUGGCCGCACAGUGUAACAAGCUGAGCAGCAUGUCUCCGCCCCCUCUGGCUGACGCAGCAGUGGGGAAGGGGUUUCAUCCUUGGAAAAAAGGAGGAUCAGACAGUCCUGAUACAUCCGGAGGGUCAAGAGGUCAUCAAUCUUCAGCUGGAUCAGGAGGUACAACAGCAUCAUUCUCUACAUCUCCACAUCAAGCUACUUCUCCCAGUCCUAGCUACAGUACAGGGAUUUAUCCUUUUUCUACCUCCACCUCUUCAUCCUCUCAGAGUGAAACCAACUCCUCCCAAGCCUCCAUCAUAGGCAAGGUGGACCCUAGCGUGGCAACGAGUGCUGCGCAUAUCCAGAACAUGCAGACCAUGUACUCCAGGGUGGCGGGGGUUAACCCCUACGAAUCCUGGCCUUUUAACGUAGCCGGAGCAUCUCAUAUCAAAUCUGAAGUAAACAGUUUUCAAACCCCUGGCUCCUGGUGGGAUAUGCAUACACAAGCUGGUAGCUGGUUAGAUGCUGCUAGUGGGUUAGGAACAGCUGCUACAAUGCAUGCUGCUCAGAUGGCAAACUAUACAGAUUACAGUGCUGCUUCUGCUCUAGGAUUAGCAAGUAAUGGUUUGCUGGGAACCCAGGCGUCCUUGUUUGGACAAACAGCUUCACAGUUUGGUUUAGCAGCACAAACCUCUUCUCCUCUUUCCCCUAGAUCUCAGAGAAGAUAUACAGGACGAGCAGUGUGUGAUUGUCCAAACUGUCAGGAAGCUGAAAGAUUGGGACCUGCCGGGGCUCAUAUACGGAAGAAAAACCUUCAUAAUUGCCACAUCCCGGGCUGCGGCAAAGUUUAUGGUAAAACCUCUCACUUGAAAGCUCACCUUAGAUGGCAUACCGGAGAACGACCUUUUGUUUGUAACUGGUUGUUCUGCGGGAAGAGGUUUACUAGGUCUGACGAGCUCCAGAGACACUUGAGAACACAUACAGGAGAGAAGAGGUUUGCUUGUCCUACUUGUAACAAGAGGUUCAUGAGAUCAGAUCAUCUCGCCAAACACGCGAAAACUCAUACAGAAGGAGGGAAGAGUGACUCUGACUCCGAGAACAGUCGGAGCCACGGCAGUCCAGGUUCCAUGAUUAACCCACAAAGUCCACAUAUGUCUUCACCAGGACCUAUGUAAUUGGACUAGUACAUUCAUACUUGACGGAGUAGUCCAUACUUCUUCCUGGACCAGGAACAGGUCCAAGAUGAACCAUAUCAACCUGAAUCUAGGAUAGAGGAAUCUAACCCUCUGAUCCGGGUCCAAGCAUGACCAGUGAACAUUAAUAGAACGGUCGUGCUCCAGGUUUAUCCAAGGUUUGCUCCCGCUCAACCCCUGAGCUGGGUACUGGCGACCCAUCGUGCCUUUUGUGAGAAUAGAAUUUUUUGAAAAUAUAAAAAUAUCAGUGCCUAGGCUGUGAUCUGAGAUUAAGGGUGAGUAGAGGUUAAACUCACUACUCUACUCCAGGUUCGGAGUUGGCAGGUUCCGGAGCUAAAGUUCUCCGGUUACUCCGCUGACCAGGAGACGAACUUCAAGGUACCAGAUGAACGGACAAAUUAAAUUAUGAGUGUGGGUGCUACACAACAGUUUGAUAGAAAAUUUGACGAAUUUUGGAAUAUAAUCAUUUUGUUAUAAUAAUAUAUUAAUAAAUUGUGAUCAAAAACUUUA